AUGACAGAGGAAGGUACCAACGAUUGGUCGGGGAAGUUAAUAUAUCUAUCACAUACAAGGCCAGAUAUUGCAUAUGCUGUAGGGGUCGUGAGCCAGUUCAUGCACGCACCCCAAGAAGAGCACUGGGAGACAGUUCUACGGAUCGUACGGUAUCUGAAGGGAACAGUUGAACACGGAAUUCUUUUCGAGAAGCAUGGGCAUCUACAGAUACAUGGAUUCACUGAUGCUGAUUGGUCCGGGAACCCAAACGAUAGGAAAUCCAAAGCAGGGUACUUUACCUUUGUAGGGGGUAACCUUGUAACGUGGAGGAGCAAGAAACAGAAGGUGGUGACACUUUCUAGUGCAGAAGCAGAAUUCCGGGGGAUUAAGAGUGGACUGACCGAACUACUAUGGCUUCGAAGAUUGAUGAAGGAACUAGAUCUUUUUUCAUCACAACCAUGCAAGUUGUACUGCGACAACAAGGCGGCGAUAAGCAUUUCGGAGAAUCCAGUUUAA